AUGCCUCUCUAUGCCAAAUUUUUGAAGGAUAUGCUAACUAAGAAGAACCAGUACAUCCAUAGUGACAAAAUUGUUGUGGAAGGUAACUAUAGCGCUGUCAUUCAACACAUCCUUCCACCCAAGCACAAAGAUCCUAGAGUUGUCAUGAUACCGUGUUCUAUCGGUGAGGUUGCUGUAGGCAAAGCUCUCAUAGAUCUGGGAGCUGGUAUCAAUUUAAUGUCUCUCUCCAUGUGCCGGCGACUUGGAGAGCUGGAUAUAAUGCCCACAUGCAUGACCCUCCAGUUAGCUGACCACUCCAUCACAAGGCCAUAUGGAGUCAUUGAAGAUGUUUUGGUGAAGGUUAAGCACCUUAUAUUUCUAACUGAUUUCGUUGUCAUAGAUAUAGAAGAGGAUGUUGACAUCCCUGUCAUUCUUGGCCGCCCAUUCAUGUCUACCGCAAGCUGUGUGGUAGACAUGGGAAAGAAGAUGUUGUAG